ACACACUUGGUACUCAAGCCCCAGACUACAGACAACCUGAUUCUGAGACUUCAGCACGAUGUCUUACCAACAGCAGCAGUGCAAGCAGCCCUGCCAGCCUCCUCCUGUGUGCCCACCCCCACAGUGCCCAGAGCCUUGUCCUCCCCCACAGUGCCCAGAGCCUUGUCCUCCCCCACAGUGCCCAGAGCCUUGUCCUCCUCCACAGUGCCCAGAGCCUUGUCCUCCCCCACAGUGCCCAGAGCCUUGUCCUCCUCCACAGUGCCCAGAGCCUUGUCCUCCUCCACAGUGUCCUGAGCCUUGUCCUCCUCCAAAGUGCCCAGAGCCUUGUCCUCCUCAGCCAUGCCAGCAGAGAUGCACUCCUGUGCAACCUCCUCCACCAUGCCAGCAGAAGUGCCAGCCAAAGAGCAUGUGA